CUUCCGCCAUCGACUCCAGGCACGAGAUCGAUGGUGUUUCGAUAUGUCGUCGCCCACGUGUCAGGGUAAAUAUCUUCUUUAGGAGCCCAUAUUCGUAACGGUACCGUAGUCCCUGGCGCAUCUUCCUACACUCCGCUCAGGCCCACCACCCUGCCAAGCGAGAAGACUGCUUCUCGCAGCUCACGCUGAUGUCUCGGGCAGAUGCUCUGGUCCCGUUCGGCUUGUACUUGUACGGCUCGCUCCUCCAUAGCUUCGCAGAUACCGUAGGCGGACUGGUGCCCACCGCGCGAACGAGUGACAAUCACGCGAUGACAGUAAAUGAUGCACCCUCGCUGACGCUUGCAGCCACAGCCGGUAUGAAGUACGACCUCUGAGUGACACAUUGUCGAUUGAGUGGCGG